UCAGUAGCUUGUUUUUUGGCUUUUGGUCAAUGUGUUUGCGGGUCUCCUGCCAAGACGGGCGUCAAUUCGGUCAGCAGAGACGUUUUCACUGUUUUUGUGUAGCUCCCCCAAAUCCCAUAGGUUGUGGGACAGACAUGGCAACCGCUGUACUUCUCUUCCUGGCGGCAGUUCUGCCAGGGUCUACAGCACUGAUGAGAUCUCCAUUAGAAGAGCGAUUUCUACAGUCUUUGAGCCAGCAAGAUGUGUUGUUUUAUUUUGGCUCUGCAUCAAUAGACUCAGUACCAAAGUUUCAGGUGACAUGGGUCAGCUGCACACCUGCGGAGAUGCCCACCAGGCCAAAGCAGUGUGUCUUCCAGGCCCAGGGGAGGCGCUAUGUGCUGGGGCAGAAGCGGGAGAGCCAGUCUUCCUCCUGCAUCUCCUUUGUGGAGAGGCGUCUGAACUCCUCUCUGAGCGUGGUGAAGAGGACCCCUGGAAUCUGCUGUGAACAGCCCGAUGUUCUUGAGCCGAGCCAUGCCAGGGGCCUGCUCUCUCUCUGUGGGGGGACACUGCAAGGCAUGGUGCUGGAGGGACGCAGAAGACUCCGCCUACAGCCGGUGCUACGCAGGCACGAGCACCUCACCCCCAUUGCUGCCGCCAACGAUGGCGGUCUGGCGACUCCGCACCUUGUGUUCUACCAACAGCUUCCCGUGAACACCCCGCCCCACCCUCUUCUCCCAUCUCCCCAUCCGCAUCUCUCCGCUGGCCCCAGGCGGGUGCUGAGGGCAGCCGCGGUACCGGAGGUCACUCACCUGGAGCUGCUGGUGGUCGUCGCCCCAGACGUACAGAAGAUUCACAAGCAGGACACAGAGAGAUACAUCCUGACCAACCUCAACAUUGCAUCCGAGCUGCUGAGGGACGUGACGUUGGGGGCCAACCUGAGGGUGCACCUGGUCCGCAUGAUCAUCCUCACCGAGUCGGAGCCAGAAAUUCAGAUCUCUGAGAACAUUACCUCCUCCCUGAUGAGCGUGUGCAAGUGGGGUCACAGAAUCAACCCCCUUAAUGACACAGACCCCCUGCACGCUGAUCUUCUGCUCUAUAUUACACGGUUUGACCUAGAGCUGCCUGAUGGCAACAAGCAGGUGAGGGGUGUGGCCCAACUGGGCGGGGCCUGCUCCAGCCAAUGGAGUUGCGUGAUCACCGAAGACACAGGCUUCGAUCUUGGCAUUACUAUUGCACAUGAGAUAGGGCACAGCUUUGGCAUUAAUCACGAUGGCACCGGAAAUACCUGCAGCAGCAGCGGGUUCAUGAUGGCGUCUGAUGGCGGCUACAACAGCGUGGACCUGACCUGGUCACAGUGCAGCCGCGACCAGCUCCAGCGCUUCUUCAGCACAGGCAGUGCAGACUGUGUGCAGGACCUGCCAGUGACGAGCGGGUCCCUGCUGGACUGGAAGCCGGGGCUGUACUACGGGGUGGACGACCAGUGUCGGAUCGCUUUCGGCAGCACCGCCCGGGCCUGCUCCUUCACGCAAGCGGACAUGGACGUGUGCCGCGUGCUGUCCUGUCACAUCACCGCGGGAGACCAGAGCUCCUGCACACGCCUGUUAAUACCCCUGCUGGACGGGACAGAAUGCGCACCAAGCAAGUGGUGCCUGAAGGGGCGCUGCGUGUCCCCAUCCCAGCUGAGCUCCCCCAUGGUGGUGCAUGGCUCGUGGUCCAGCUGGUCAGAGUUCUCCCAGUGCUCACGGACCUGCGGUGGGGGAGUCGCAUCCCGUAGGAGGCAGUGUAACAACCCACGACCAGCAUUUGGAGGGAAACCGUGUGAGGGGAGAGACACUGAAGCUGAACUUUGUAACAGACAGCCCUGCACUAUGACCCAGCUGAGAUUCAUGGAGGAACAGUGCUCCCUGACGGACUCACAGCCCCUCUCUCUGUCCGCUGGCACUGCCUCCCUGUACACCUGGAUCCCCGCUGUGGGCCUCGUCACAGGAGACACCCAGUGCAAGCUCAUGUGCCGCCCCCAGGGGGAGGAGUUCAUGGUCAGCCGGGGGUCAGAGUUCACUGAUGGCACCCGCUGUGAGCCCAACACUCCGGCUCCACCAGGCAUAGUCACCGCGUGUUUGGGGGGGAAGUGCCAGCUUUUUGGCUGUGAUGGCCACCUGCUCUCCAGGGAGGAGGAGGAUGUGUGUGGGGUGUGUGGUGGAGAUGGCUCCACCUGUACCCUGGUCUCUGGCUCAUACACAGAGGGCAAGGCCCAAGAGUACAUCACGUUCCUGACUCUUCCACUGAACAGUACACGUGUGCACAUCAUCAACACUAAGCCUGUGUUCACACACCUGGCGGUGUUAGUCCAGGGCAGGUAUGUGGUGGCUGGCGGUGGCAGUGUGGCUUUAAACACCACCCACCCCUCUCUUCUGGAGGACAGCCAGCUGACCUAUCACCUGUACCUGACACCCGAUGGCCUGCCCCAGAGGGAAGAGCUACUGCUGGCUGGGCCUGCAUUAGAGGAGACGCACAUACAGGUCUACCGGAAGUACGGAAAGGGGUAUGGAGAACUCACCAAUCCGAACAUCACAUACUCCUUCUACGAGCCUGGGGGCGUGGCUAGCAAGGCCGCACGGAGGGGUGAAUGGACGGCAGUAACAUCACCCUGCUCUGUCACCUGUGGGUCAGGAAUCCAGGAUACGACUGCCAUCUGCGUGGACAGGGUCAGUCAGGAGCAUUUGGAGGAGGCGUUCUGUGAAGCAACCGAUCGACCCUCUGUUCUGCCUGCCCCCUGUCACCUUCCCGCCUGCCCACCCUACUGGUUGACUGGGGAGUUUGGGCCUUGCAGCGCCUCCUGUGGAGGGGGAGAGAGGGAGCGUCCGGUGCAGUGUGUGCAGAGACAGGAGGGGGUGAUUGUGCAGGUGUCAGCCCUGCUAUGCCCACAGGACUCUGCUCCACACUCAACAGAGCCCUGCAACCCCCAGCCCUGUCCUGCCAGAUGGCACGUGUCGGAGCCAGGCGAAUGCUCAGCGGUGUGUGGUCCGGGCGAGGCCCGGCACAACGUGUCCUGCGUCCGGACGGAGAAGGGCGUGGACGUGCCAGUGAACAGCAGCCUGUGCCUGCAGGCUACCAGGCCGGCCGAUUCCCUGCCCUGCGUGGUGGACAUCUGCCCCAUCGGCUGGAAGACAGACAGCAAGGCCCAGUUUAAACACAAGAUUGCAGAGGGUGUGAUGUCACAAUCACGUGCGGAACCUGUGUACGUAUGGAGCCCAGUGAUUGGCCAGUGCUCACAGAGCUGUGGGAAUGGAGUGCUGCAGGUGUGGUAUUCCUGUGUGGAUCACCAGUCCCAGCUGGCAGUGCUGGAGUUCCACUGCGAUGGGUCGAGCAAGCCGGAACCUCACACCAAGCCCUGCAACCCCACCCCCUGCCCCCCGACGUGGCGCUACAAGCAGGGAGCGUGCAGCGUGACAUGUGGAGGUGGGGUGGCACUCAGGGUGCUGUACUGCUCGCGGGACGUCGAGGGCGGGGAAGAGGUUGUGAGUGACACGGACUGCAGGACUGCACCCAGGCCAACAGAGCUGGUGACAUGUAACAGCAAUACCUGUCCCCCCAGGUGGAGAGCGCUGGGCACGGGACCCUGCUCGGUGUCCUGUGGGGAGGGCAUCGCCCGCCGGAACGUGUCCUGCGUGCAGUUUAAAGAGGGCAGGGAGAGCAGGGUGUCAGAGGAACUGUGCCCCCCAGCCGAGAGGCCGGCCGCCACAGUGCCCUGUCGUGUGCAGGCCUGUGCCUUCAGUUGGGUGGUGGAGGAGUGGAGUCAGUGCUCCGUGUCCUGUGGCUAUGGGAUUCAGUCCAGGGUGGUGUCAUGCGUGGGACCGUCCCAGCCCCGGCCCCUCAGCCCCCUGCUCUGCAUGCACAUGCCCAAGCCGAUCACCAUCCAGGGCUGUUACCAGGGUGACUGUGGAGACCCUGCCCAUACCACCACGGAACCCAGCCCACAUCAGCUCACCACCACCGCUUCAGCUCCUGAGACACCUCAGAUACCCUGGUACCGAGCUGCCGCUCUGCCAAGGCAUCCCCCGGAACUGAGCCCAGCGCCCUCCACUGAAGCCACACGGACAGAACCAGCUGAAACCGAUGAGUGUGGACAACUCCUUGUGCAGAGCUCAGGCACAGUGGACCUGAGAAAGACCUCAAGCAGGUUCUGCACUCUGUCUAUUGGCCGCCCGCUGGAUGAGGUCAUCGUCUUCAUGGUGGAGUCCAGCUCCCUCAACUGCCAGGACAAGGACUACUUGCUGCUCUCCAAUAGGAGGAUGAUGAUGAGGAAGUGCAAAAGUUUGACGAACUAUACCCUGACCACCCGCACCAACUUCCUGCAUGUGCGCCAGGGCCGUGUCUCCCGCGGCAACGGAGUACUGUUCUCUUACCACAGUCAGAAAAACACCAUGAACAGCCAACAUGGAGGCUGUGAUGUGCAGCUGUUUGGGCCCAGUGGACAGAUCGUGAACCCGAUCCAGCGGUCCGGCUCAACGAAUCAGACAUGCCGCACCUUCAUCAACGUCUCGCCAAGAUCCAAAAUACAAAUCCGAGCCCUCCGCGUCCAGCCCGCGUCUGAGGAUGCAACCACUCCCACUUUCAUACUGAUCCGGGAUGCGGACAUCAUGCAGACCACAUGGUUCAUCGGCGACAGACUGUUUGAGUGGAGAUCUGUCGGGAGCAGCGUAGAGGUAGAGUUCCACGGAGAUUACCUGCACCACGAGGGGAGCUUUCUGGCAGAGUAUUCCGCCGUACAGCCCUGACCAAAAGACGUUCCCUUCCCUCCUCUCGGAAGGUUACAACUGCAUACCACUGUACUGGAAAUGGGAAACCUUUGAAAGAAGAUAGCCUGAAUGCAGAGACUGACACCUUUCACUUUUUCACUGCAUUGUUUUCCUUUUUUUAAAGAAUGAUUUUAACAUCCAUCAAGCGGAACUGGAUAAAAUAACCAAACUGAUAACAACACAACUAGCUAACAUAAACACGUUUAAACUCGGUUCAUUACUCUGUGUCCUGUUCGAGCAUUUCUUCAGACUGUUGCUCUAGGAACAAUCUGCUGGGGUAUUUACAAUCCACUCCCACAGUUGCACAAUUCUAUAGUUUUAUUGAACACCACAGCUUCAAGGCCACAGAGUAUUUGCACAAACCGUGAUGACAAGGCACAGAAAGUAGAAAGCUUUUUUGCAUAGAUUUUGUUUCAGUACGUUUCAGAACUUGAAAUGCAUGUCAUUGCCACACAUAACACUUGAUUUUAGAUAAAUUAACAAACCAAUAAACAUAAUGUACAGAAAACAAUAUUUUAACAAGGCAUUAAUAAUAUAUGGCACUUGUGUGUCUGAACAAGUUUCAUGCUAGAUUUACAAAAUGACAAAGUUUAUUUUAUCUUCACAGUGUGUGCUCUAUCCAACUGGUCAAAAGUGGCCAUGUGACAAACUAGCCACUCACUGACAGACAGACAAAAAAAAAAGAAAAAGAAAGAAAAA